AUGAUGUCACGGCUCCUUUUGUGUUGCAUCCUUCUGAUAGUCAGGUUGGGACGAGCUUUGCAAAAUCCCUCCACCGUUGUGAAGGUUUCAUCCUUUGCCGUGCCUCGAGCUCCGAGUGGUUUGUAUUUUGAUGACGGCGGCUCUAACUUGCUUUACAUCUUGAGUGGCUCUCCAAGAAACGCCACGGGUGAUCAUCAUCUCUAUGUUUUCACAACGGAAGGUCAACAGCAGUGUCUCAUUACAAUUCCUCGAGCCGCAGGAGUGACUGGCGUCGAUGGUUUUUACAUCUCCCACAAUGACACACAGGCUUACAUUGUCGACUCGCAAGGUCCCAUUUGGGCCGGGGAAACUCGUUUGGGAGCUAGUGUCUAUCAAGUCGAUUGGACGGAUCCUUGCGGUUGUGAUUCGGGCACUUGUUCCCAUUCCGAGGUCACUUGGACUCCCUUUGGCAAUCGUCAGUGGAGCUUUGUUACAGCCACCAAUGCCAAUGAAAAAAGUUCCAACGAUGAUGGGCACUUUCACGGCAGUGGUAUUGUGGUAAUGGACAAGUCCUUCUUUGGUGUCCAGAGCGUUCAUUCUGGUGACGACGCGGCGACCCCCAGCCAUACAAGCAAGUCCCUGGUCAAGAUGGACAUGGCAACUUCCUCUAGAGUGGCUCGUUGGCCGCUGGAUGGUUCCAACAAAGAUAUUCUGGGCCGAGAUGAUGUCGACCCAAGUCGAUUGACUUGUGGCCCAGAUCGGUGUGUCACUUCUCUCGUCAUUGCAGACAGAAACAACCACAUCUACGAGAUGGACUUGAGCAGUGGCAAGGCGACGAAGGAAUGGGAUCUGAAGGAGAUUGCUCUGGGCCCCAAUGAUGAUGGCAUCAUUACAGCUCUUGCUUAUGCCAGAACUACCGGUUACUAUUACGUUGGCAUCCAAAGCACAUCCAUGAUUCACGUUGUGGAUUUGCGAGACACAGUUGCAGGGGAAGCUGACCAGGACCGUGAAGGCAAAGGACCCGUGCUUGGCGUAGAUACAACUUGA